UUAGUAAAUGUAUUAAUAAUAUUCAAAGAUAAUUGUACUAUAAUUAUUUAUUUAACCUGUCACUUUGUUACAUGCUAUGUUUAAUUAUUUAUUACAUUAGCGUAUCGCUCUGCAAGUUUUUCUAAUUAAUAAAGGUUUUAGUGAGCACUGUUAAAGAUUACAAAUAUUUGGAGCAUAAAUAAUAAUGAACUGAUACCUUUUGGCUUGUUAUUUCAACAUUGUAUUCAACUGUGCUGUGUUACUGAAAUAUUUUGACUAGGUUUUGAAAUUUUAGAAUCCAUGAUGAUGCCUCAAACUCCUCAGCUGUCACCCCAGGAAGAGCAAGAAAAGCUUCUCGAUGAAGCCGUUGGUGUUGUUAAAAUGCAAGCAUUUCAAAUGAAAAGAUGCCUUGACAAGACUAAAUUGAUGGAGGCUCUUAAACAUGCCUCCAAUAUGCUGGGAGAGUUGAGAACUUCAUUACUGAGUCCUAAAAGCUACUAUGAAUUAUAUAUGGCUGUGUCAGACGAAUUACGUCAUUUAGAGAGUUAUUUAUUGGAUGAAUUUCAAAAAGGACGAAAAGUAGCAGAUCUUUAUGAGCUUGUACAAUAUGCUGGAAAUAUUAUACCAAGAUUAUAUCUGCUUAUUACCGUUGGUCUUAUUUACAUGAAAACCAAUGAACACUCCAAAAGAGAUAUUUUAAAAGAUGUUGUAGAAAUGUGUAGAGGAGUUCAGCAUCCAUUAAGGGGGCUAUUUUUGAGAAAUUAUUUGUUGCAGUGCACUAGAAAUAUUCUUCCAGACGUAGAUGAAAAUGACCCAAAUGCUGAGACCAUUGGAACUGUAAAGGAUUCAGUUGAUUUUAUUCUUCUAAAUUUUGCUGAAAUGAAUAAACUUUGGGUCAGAAUGCAGCAUCAGGGUCAUUCCCGUGACAAAGAUAAAAGGGAGAGAGAACGACAAGAACUGCGGUUGUUAGUCGGCACAAAUUUAGUUAGACUUUCACAGUUGGACACUGUAGAUAUUGAAAAAUAUAAAAAGAUGGUUUUGCCUGGAAUACUGGAACAAGUGGUUAGCUGUCGGGAUGCUAUUGCCCAAGAAUAUCUGAUGGAGUGUAUAAUUCAAGUAUUUCCUGAUGAGUUCCACCUGAGGACAUUAAAUAAUUUUCUCAAAGCCUGUGCAGAACUUCAUCAAAAUGUUAACGUCAAGAAUAUAAUUAUUUCUCUUAUUGAUAGAUUAGCUGUUUUUGCAACUAGAGAUGAUGCCACUGGUAUUCCUCAAGAAAUAAAGCUAUUUGAUAUUUUUUCAGACCAAAUUGCCCAAAUUAUUCAGUCUAGACAAGGAAUGCCUUCCGAAGAUACUGUUGCCCUGCAAGUAUCUCUUAUCAACCUAGCCUUGAAAUGCUACCCUGAUAGAGUGGACUAUGUUGAUAAAGUCUUGGAGACUACUGUCAGCAUAUUUGAAAAGUGUGAAAUGAAGAGAGUGGAAUAUAACACGCCUGUUUCCAAAGAACUUGUGAAAUUAUUGAAGAUACCUGUUCAGCACUAUAACAAUAUACUCACUGUCCUAGAGCUUAAACAUUUUGGAAAUUUGAUGAAUUUCUGUGACUAUAAUAGCAGGAAAUCAAUGUCUUGCUUCCUCAUUAAUAAUGCCUUAGAAAACGAAACUUACAUACCUACCCAAGAACAGGUUGAACAGAUUUUGCAGUUAGUUUCACCCUUGAUUCAAGACCAAUCUGAUCAGCCGUCUGAGGAAGAUGAUCCAGAAGAUUUUGCUGAAGAGCAAGGUCUGAUGGGCAGGUUCAUCAAUCUUCUGCAAGCAGAGUCUCCUGAUCAGCAAUUUUUAAUGCUCAAUACAACUCGGAAACAUUUUGGAAAUGGUGGUAACAGGCGUAUUAGAUUUACUCUUGCACCAAUUGUAUUUCAAGCAUACAAGCUUGCUUUUAGGUACAAGAAUUGCAGUGAAGAGGAUGAUAACUGGGAGAAAAAAUGCCAGAAAAUAUUUAGAUUUUGUCUUCAAACUGUAAAUGUAUUAAUUAAAGCUGAAAUGGCUGAGCUUCCUCUAAGACUGUUUCUCCAGGGAGCUUUAGCUUCAGGACAAAUAGGUUAUGAAGGUCAUGAAGCAGUAGCAUAUGAAUUUGUUUCACAGGCUUUUUCCCUGUAUGAGGAAGAAAUAUCAGAGAGCAAAGCUCAACUAUCAGCCAUAACACUAAUAAUCGCAACAGUAGAACAGAUGUCCUGCUUCUCUGCAGAAAACCACGAACCACUUCGAACACAGUGUGCUCUUGCAACCUCUAAGCUCCUUAAGAAACCUGAUCAGUGUCGGGGUGUAUCCGUCUGUUCACACUUGUUUUGGUCUGGGAAAAACUUAGCUACAAAAGGCGAAGAAAUGCAUGAUGGUAAAAGAGUAUUAGAAUGUUUAAAGAAAGGUACAAAUACGGCUAAGCAAUGUAUGGAUUCUAGUGUACAAGCACAACUUCUCGUUGAAAUUCUUAAUCAUUGCAUUUAUUUCCAUGAAAAAGGCAAUGAACAAAUUCAGAACCUUAAAAACCAUUUAUUGAGUGAGAUAAAAGAGCUCCUCCCUAACCUCGAAGUAAAUGAAGAAACUGAACAAAUUAAUAAACAUUUCCAGAAUACCAUAGAACAUUUACAAGAAGGUAAAGCAACUACUGAGAAAGAACAUAGCAUAGAACAUUUAAAAGAUGGUAAAGCAGCUACUCAGAAAGAGGCGGCUAUUGAGGAACCUGCUCUAUAAUUUAUUACUAAAGUGGUUCAGAUCUUGUAUGAAUGCAGUGCAACCAAAACAUGUGAAUUAAAAUUGGACUCAAUAUCACCAUUCCACAUUAUAUUUGUAAAUAGAAAGUGCCAUUUAAAGUGUCUGAUAUGCUUUUUUGUUAGAAUUUAGUUGUUGUUGUAUAUUUGAUGAAAUAAUUUAAAUCUUUUGAAUAUUAAAGUAUAAUUUAAAAUUUG